CGCGCCGCCACUGAAGCGACUGUGCCCCAGCCGCACGUUCGAGUCCUGCCCGCCUGCAGUUGGAACUUCGAGCUUGCAGCUUUGGGCUUUGAACUUGACGGCCCAAGCUAUGGAUCAUCGCGCCCUCUUCAUAUGGAGCUGCGCCCUCCUCCUGGUCCUUUUCCUGGCCGUUGACGCCGCCGUGGCGCCCAGUGGCAAAGGCGCAAAGUACCUUUGCGAAUGCUACCUCAGACAGUUGAAGAAGAGCACCGAUUUAACAUGGACGCCCGGGAGAAAUUUUCACGAAAAUACAACGGACGGCGAUAUGAGGAAGUUGUAUGGCUACUCGAAAAAUCUGAUGAACGCCCGAACUGUGGGUAAAAAGGACUCAGAACCGGCAAAAAUAUUCGGCAAGAAAACUGAAGAUAAACUCUACCCAGAAAAUUUCGAUUCCAGGGAUCACUGGCCGGCCUGCAACUCUACUAUUUCUACUAUAUUUGACACUGGUUUCUGCGCCUCUCAUUGGGCUGCCUCAGUGGUGCAAGCUAUUUCGGACAGAAUUUGCAUUCAUUCAGGCGGGAAGAAGAAGAAUCUGAAGUUGUCUCCGUUGCACCCUCUCCAGUGCUGCAAAACAUGCGGAUCCGGAUGCAAAGGAGGUUAUCCUUUCCAGGCGUGGAAAUUCAUCGAGAAGUCUGGUAUCAUGACCGGUGGGGACUAUGGUUCUUCGGACGGCUGCAAGCCAUACCCGAUUCAAUCUCCCUGUGACUACAGCACCUACCCAAACAGCUGCAUUUUGAAGAAAACCCCUGUUCUCACGUGCCCCAACCCAGACAAACACUGCAGCACCAAAGAAACCAAACCACACAUCUACAACAUUGAUCUGGUGAGGACGAUCCCGAACUCAGACCAAUUUACUCAAGCCUGGACUGCAGAUUUCAUCAAGCAAGAAAUCAUCUCCAAUGGCCCCGUCACGGCCACAAUGCGUCUCUUCUCUGAUUUCUUCAGCUAUAAAAAAGGAAUUUACUCACCAACGAAAGAUGCGAGGAAGUUGGAUGACGUCACAUUGAAAGUCAUCGGCUGGGGUAGAGACAGGCAAAAGAAAAUCGAUUACUGGCUGGGAGUCAUGCCCUGGGGCAAUAAGUUCGGAGAUGGUGGAUUCGUAAAAAUCAGGCAGGGUGUUUCACAGCUACAAAUUGAUCGUCGUAUGCAUGCUGGAGUGCCCCAACUGCAUUGUAAGUUUCCGUUUGACGUCAUCACUGAAAGAUCGUUUUCCUGUGUCCGUAAGUCACACUAUGAAUCUCAUAUAUGUGUGUAUGUAUUCCUCGAUUUUUUUUUCGGCGCAUUUCCUCUCCCUAAAUCUCGCAAGUUUCACCGGGGUAAAGUUCUUUCUCCAUCCAAAAUGCACGGCUCACUUUUAGUGCUCGGUUUGGUGCUAGCUGCAGCUCUUAGUCUGUGCACUUGUGAAUCUCCCCGCGUGACGAAUAAAUCGGGUAUCUCACUGCCGGCGACACUCCCAAUCGACAAGGAUGCUUUCAACCGCAUGGAAACGUUCUCUCAUGAAUGGCGACAGUUCCAAGCGUUUGUGCAUAAUCACGGAAAGAAGUACAGCUCUCUCAAAGAGGAAGAAGACAGGUUUAAGGUCUUCAAGGAAAACCUAAAGACCAUUGAGCGUCUAAACGCAGAGGAAAAGGGAACCGCUUUCUAUGGGGUGAACGACAUGGCCGAUUGGUCCAAAGAAGAGUUUUUGGCCAAAAGGGCCAAUCUGAAACCAACAGAUCCCGCGGUAUUAAAGAAUAUUACGAAAAAGGUGAACCUCUCAGCCGACGGCGACGACGCUACGAUCGCGAUCCCAGCGGACUUCGACUGGGUGUCGAGCCUUUCAGUGACACCGGUAAAGGACCAGAAAUCCUGCGGCGCCAACUGGGCUUUUGCCAUCGUUGGUAACAUCGAGAACGUGGCAGCUAUUAAGAGCGGAGCCCUGCGGGACCUCUCCGUCCAACAAAUAAUCGACUGCGCCAAUCAGACCGUCUGUGGACCCGGAAAUCUGAUCACCGGCUACCAAACGGCCCUUACCACCGGCCUUGUUCUGGAGUCCGACUACCCUUUCGUCGGUAACGACUCCGCCUGCAAAUUCUCCCCUAAAGAGGUUGCUGUGAGACUAAAAGAGUUCAACGUAUACAAGGCAUCGGAAGAUGAGAUGGCGCAGUUCAUCGCUAUCAAGGGAUCAACAGUGAACGCUAUCAAUGCCGAGCGGCUGCAGUUCUACAUCUCGGGUGUAAUCUCGCCGGCCGAAGGGACGUGCGACUCGACUAAAACCGAUCACGCGGUGUUGGUUGUCGGCUACGGAAGGGAUCCCAAGAGCGGACUCGAUUUCUGGUCCCUCAAAAACAGCUGGGGCAAAAGCUGGGGGGAACACGGAUACGCAAAAGUGGCCAGAGGCAAGAACACUUGCGGAAUCGCUAGUUAUUUUGCUUCCGCCAUUGUCGAAUAGGACGUUAUUAAGUAUAGUUACGAAAAUCAAA